AUGUCGCCGCAUCCUACCCUCAAGGCGACUUUCGCCAGUCGAGCUGAAACAGCUACCCAUCCUCUCAGUCGACAUCUCUACAAGCUCAUGGACCUCAAGGCCUCGAAUCUUUGCCUCAGCGCCGAUGUCGCAACCGCUCGCGAACUGCUCUACUUCGCCGACAAGAUUGGUCCCUCCAUCGUCGUUCUCAAGACGCAUUAUGACAUGGUUGCCGGCUGGGACUUUGACCCUAGGACAGGUACUGGUGCCAAGCUCGCCUCACUAGCGCGCAAGCAUGGUUUCCUCAUCUUUGAGGAUCGCAAGUUUGGCGACAUUGGCAAUACGGUCGAGUUGCAGUAUACUAGCGGUGCCGCGCGCAUCAUCGAGUGGGCACACAUUACCAAUGUAAAUAUGGUUCCAGGCAAGGCAUCGGUUGCAUCUCUGGCCCACGCUGCCAACCGAUGGCUUGAGCGAUACCACUACGAGGUCAAGACAUCUAUCAGUAUUGGAACCCCCACCGCCAGUCAACUGGACGAGGAUAGCGAGCGUUCAGACAACGAGAACCAGAAGGACACGCCGGAACCUGCUCGCGCUGACAGCGGCCGAAAAGGUAGCAUUGUUUCCACCACCACCGUCACCCAACAGUACGAGUCAGCCGAUUCACCGCGCCUCGUCAAGACGAUUCCUGAGGGCGAUGAGACGGUAUUCCCCGGCAUCGACGAAGCGCCGAUCGAGAGAGGCCUGCUUAUUCUGGCACAGAUGUCGAGUCAGGGCAACUUCAUGAACAAGGAAUAUACACAAGCAUGUGUAGAGGCCGCACGGGAACACAAGAGCUUCGUCAUGGGCUUUGUCUCACAGGAGUGCCUCAACACAGAACCCGAGGAUGACUUCAUCCACAUGACCCCCGGCUGCCAAUUGCCCCCUGAGGGCGCGGAUGAGAAUGAAGCCAUCAAGGGUGAUGGCAAGGGUCAACAGUACAACACGCCACAGAAGAUCAUUGGUAUCGCCGGUGCGGACAUUGCCAUUGUUGGACGCGGUAUCAUCAAGGCAAGCGAUCCCGAGGAGGAAGCUGAGCGAUAUCGGUCCGCGGCAUGGAAGGCUUACACGGAGCGGGUUCGUUAA